AUAUAUAUCACUGAAGUAUGCACUAAUCACUAUACACACAAACACAAACACACACUAGCUUAGCUAUCAUCAAACCAACCACUAUCAAUGGCUCACCCAAAGCCAACUCUCUUCUUCUCAUUUUUCUUCCUAUUCCUACUCUCUCACCAGAUUCACGCCAGAGACAGCCAGUUCUUCAGCAAAUUCACAAACGACAACAACAACCCAAAAGAAACGACAACAACAGUAGUCACUCCCAGAAACAACGACAACCAAAAGCAAGUCGAUCAGCAGCAAGAGGAGCCCACUUUCAUCCCAGACACACAGAACAACGGCUACGGCCUUUACGGCCACGAGUCCGGUCAGUUCUCACCUUCCGAGACAUCUGUCAACGAAGAACACUUCACCACCACCAAGACCACAACCAACGGCGGCGGCGCAGCCCCUUACACAACCAACUCCGCAACCCCAGUCAGCACCUACGAGCCUUACACCACUCCCACUACUACUACUUAUUACAAGCCGUACACCACACCGAUCGGCCGCCCGUACAGGGCCGAUGAUCAGACCGAAGAAGAGAACGACAAAUACGCUUACAACAAUGCCCAGUUCUACAACAACAACAACAACGAGAACGAGAACGAGAACUAUAACGCUAACAAGAGGAACACCAACAAUGGAGGAGGAAACGACAGGUCGUACAACCCAGAGAGACAAGGCAUGAGCGACACGAGGUUCAUGGAAAAUGGCAAGUACUUCUACGACCUUAACAUGGAGAAGAAUUACGACCCCAACUCGUACAGAAACUCCAGGGUUGUGGCGGAGCCGAGGAACAACUGGUACAACAAUAGGGAAAACAAACACAACAACAACAACAACUACUACGGCCACAACAAUAACAAUCCAAACGACAGGUCGUACGAGACUAACAACAACUCCUUUGAAGGGUACCAGAACCAGAACCAGAACCAGAACCAGUUUGAGGACAACUAUGAUCAGGAGCCUUGAUCUUCAUCAUCAUCAUCAUUAGCUCAAAGCUAUAUAUGAGAACAGAUAAUGAUUUAUUAUAAUGUUUGUUUUUCUCUAUCUUUGUUAAUUAUUGAUUAUCAUGAUGUCACUCAGUCAAGGUGGAGGGUUUGAUUUAUUUUGAUGAAAAAAAAUUAAUAUUAUUAUUAUGGUUUAAUUAAGUUGGAAAAAGAUAUAUAUAUAUAUGUAGGUUAAUUUAAGGAGAGUUUUUGUAUGUUAUGUAUUUUGUUUUUGGGGUCUUAUUGUCCUUAUUCCAUACUUCUCAUAAUAAUAAAUGUGAAAGUAAUAUAUGUUGCUUUAGUUUUUAUUA